CAUGAAGGUCCUCCUGCUGCUAGCAGCCUUGAUCAUGGCCUUUGGCUCAAUCCAGAUCCAAGGAAGCAUUGUUGAGUUUGGGCAAAUGAUCCUGUUUAAGACAGGAAAGAGACCUGACACCAGCUAUGCCUUCUAUGGUUGCCACUGUGGCGUGGGUGGCAAAGGAACCCCCAAAGAUGCUACAGAUCGGUGCUGUGUGGCUCAUGACUGUUGCUACUACCGUCUGGAGAAAAAGGGCUGUGGCACAAAAUUUCUGACCUACAAGUUCAGCGCCCGAGGGGGCAAAAUCACCUGCUCUGCAAACCAGAACUCCUGUAGGAAACAGCUGUGCCAGUGCGAUAAAGCCGCCGCUGAAUGUUUCGCCCGGAACCGGAAAAGCUACAGUUUGAAGUACCAAUUCUAUCCCAACAAGUUUUGUAGUGGAAAGUCACCUAAGUGCUGAGACAGCUGCCGUCUUUUAUAUCUGGAUACAUUGUUUACGCUAGUAACCCCCCCACCCCCGCCGGCAGACCAGCCAAGUUCCCCCAAUGAUAAACACCCCUCUCCCACCCUAGAGGCAUGGUAGGGGCCCUCCUGUCAUGACCCAGAAUGAGCCACCAAAGCCUGAUGGGUUAGGCUGAUCUUUCCCCAACACUCGUCUACCUUGAACUGACAGAUUGCUCAUGCCCACUUCCCCUUUGUCACCAAACUUCCUGCCUCAA